GAACAGCAUACCCACAAAUAGUUUAGGUAUCACGCAUUAACCAAGCAUUUUUUGUGUCUCAAACACAAAGUAAAUUUCUACGUAACCUAUGUAGGCAGCCAUGACGAUUCACUUGACGGGUUUGGAUAUUCAUUGGAUCUGAUUAGAGUCCACAUGGUUAUUGCUCUUAGCGCUGAUUAACCGCCACCCAGUGUACGAAGUACCAGGUCACUACUACACUCACCCACCAUGGGGACUGAACUGGGACUUUGGUACGCACCUUUAAGGGGACACACAACCACCAGACGACCAACCCACCAGCCUUGCAGGGGUUGAUAGCCAAAUUCAUUUCCACCUUCGACUAUCCCUCGAUUCCUCACAAUCCCCUCAAGUUCUCCUUUUUGUCGCGUUUUCAUUGCUUUUCCAUUCAAGACAGCGACUAUAUAUACACGACAUAUACCAUAUACAGCAUAUACGACACAUACAGCACAUACAGCACAUAUAGCACAUACAACACACGCUUCGCCCCUUCGCCGGUCAAGCCCCUCAUGACAGCUGUCUUGGCGUGAUGGCAAAAUUGGGAGACAUGAUUAGCACGAUACGCUGGCGCAACGUGGUCCUCGUACUCGUCGUGUUGACAGCGCUUCACUUCAUCUUUAUCGACGACACGCUACGGAAUUCAUAUUCGUCCUACAAUGUCCCCGACAAAGAGCAUAGCGCCGUCAGCGAGCCGGCUAAGGUGCCCGAAGGCAAUGCGCCCGUAGAUGUUGGGAAGACGGCCCCCGAAUUGGCGAAACCCCCUGCGCCGUUGGUGGCGGGAGACAGCAAGCCGGCUGACCCCAAACCUACAUCUGCUACGAAGCCUGCGGAUGCCAAACCGAGCGGCGGCGAGUUUUAUGCGGAUGCUGGAGCGGCCGCGGUGGCUGGCGCGAAUAAGGAAACCCCAGCAGAACCGACAGCGCCAGCAGCGCCCGAAACAACAUUUACACCCGCGCCUUUCGACUCGGGCGAUAAAGACGAAUAUCUCGCGAUCUGCGUUUCGGUCAAGGACCAGUACCUCGAUCUCCUCGAGUGGUUGACGCACCACUACCACCACCAUAAUGUCCGACGAUUCUAUCUGAUGGAUGACGGGUCCACGCCAGUGCUUGCCACGCUGAACUUCAGCAGCGCGGUCGACCCGAAGGCCAUUACCCACCGCUACUACCACCCCGCGACUCGCCUAUUUAAGCACCAACAACUCGUCGCCUACGAUGAGUGCAUCGCGCUCUUCGGACACAAGCAUAAGUGGAUGGCCUUUCUCGAUGCCGACGAGUUCCUUGAAACUCGCGGCAAGGACACUCUGCACGGCAUGCUCAAGGAGCUCGACAGCGACGAGAAGAUCGGCGCGCUCGCCAUCAACUGGCAGAUCCACACCUCGUCUGGCCUCUUGAAGCGACCCGCCUCCUCGCGCAAGUCCUUCGUGACCUGCAUCGAGAACUACGACAACCCUGGCCACGACCCGGGAUUCGGCAAGGAGAACGAGCACAUCAAGACGAUUGUCAAGACGAAGUCGUACAACAGGCCGCUCAACCCUCAUAAGUUCGAGCUCAAGGACGGGGCGCGUACGGUGGGCGAAAACGGCGAUAACGUGGACCGCUUCGCAUGGCGCGUGCCGAUUACGAGGGAUCGCAUCUCGGUGCACCAUUUUGCGUCGAAGAGCAGGGAGCAGUUUGAGGCGAAGAUUAGUCGCGGGAAUGGGAUGGGGGAUCCGAAGGGGUGGGAGUGGUGGAAUCACACGGAGAGUCUGCCGGAUUACAAGUGCGAGGAGAUGACGAAGUAUGACCCGUAAAUGUCGCUGGAGUGAUGGGGGAGAAGGGUGACUUGGAUACCGAUUUAUAAUUUUGCGAUAUUCCGAGAAGUUGGACGGGUCUCAUUUUGGCUAGGAGUUUAUUUUGGAUACUACUGGGGAUGAUGAGAUAAUUCAUUUAGACUGUAUACAUAGUCCGAAGUGCCUGUCACGUCACUGUGUUUAUGAUAUUAUACAAAUACAAAGCACAUACUUGUACAAU